AUGUCACGCAACGUCCGCAACAAGGCUUUCUCGGCCUCUCGGAAAGUCGCAAAGCGUCGCGACUCCAUUACCUCUUCUUCGUCUUUCGACCUGUCUGACGAAGGAGGAUAUUCCGCUGUCGAAGAUAUUAGUGACUCUUCUGACGAUGACGAGGAGGAUGUCGACGCGGCCGAGGAGGAACAUAUUCUUCACGAGGUGCUACCAAUUCCCAGCCUCCCGAUUCCUCCCCGGCCGCCCAUUAUCCAAGAAGAGGAUGAUGACGAUGAUGACGAUGACGAAGAAGAAGAAGAAGAGCAGGAGCAAGAAGACGGAAACGAUGGCGCCGCAGACAUCGAGGACGGCGCCAGUUGGGAUGGCAUAAUGUCUGAGGUCGACGAAAGCGCUGCUUCUGAUCACCACCACCGUCCUGUGGAGCGCCACGUGCGCUUUGAUGUUCCUUCGAGUGAUUCCGACUCUACCGAUACGGAGGAUGAUCAUGCCGACUUCUUCCCCGAUAUAUUUGUCGACCAAAGCUCUCUCGACCCGGCCUUCCGCCGCGAGAUCGAGAAGGAUGAUGAAAACGACGAGUCUGAAAACUCAAAUUCAUUCUGGGACUACCAUGGCGAUUAUCAUGGAGCCUACGGGUACGCUCCUGACGCAGACUCGGAUGUUGAGGCUGUUGUUCAGGAACUCGGCGAUGAUGAUACGCCGAUUGCUACUCCCAUGACCACCGGCGAAGUCUCUGAGAUGCCCACUCCGGUCGCAGCACUUGAGGAAACCCAAGAGCUAGACGGCUAUGAGACUGACGGUGAUACCACUGAAGAGGAUGAGCCGGAGCCAGUUGUCCGCCGCAAGAUUAAGCGUCCCGAACUGUCCGCGGAUCAGUGGGAUGAUUCUGACACAGAUCACCCGGUCAAGGGCCACCGUGGACAACCGCGGGUAGGCCGUUUCAACCUGGACAACUCUGAGCGGAAGCCCAUUGCCGUCGUUAACCCCAUCUCACGGAAGAUGAUGAUCUUCACUCCCCAUCGUCGCCGCCAACUUGAUCUAUCGCCCGAACAGUUCAACUUCCAAUACCUGGCCCCCAUUGAUGAGAACCACCCCUCCCCCAUGAUAAGCAGCUCUGCACAAAUUAUGAUGAGCGCAAUGUUCUCUUCCAACACCUUGGGUGAUUACCUCAACACGCAGGCCAUGGGACCUACUGAAGCCUUCUUCCCCUUUCAGUCCGAACCCAACACUGCUGAUGAGAGCUCGGAUGUUGGCUUCGAUGAGGAGGAAGAUGACGAGGUUGAAAAGUCUCUGAACAUCAGCGACUUCAUCGAGUUCGAUGAGGCCAGAUCAUCUGCCGAUGAAGACGAGGAUAACCAGUGGGAUGCAGAUCCCCUGAACUCUACUCCUGCUCGACCACGUACCGCUUCAAGCGAUGUCGACCUCCAUUCACACAUCAACGCCAACAACGUGGGGGCAUUUCGUCGCGACCAAAUCAACCAACGUCUCAUUCUGAGUGAUAAGGCCACGCAAGACUCUCUCGCCUUGAGCAGUCCCUAUAACUACACCGCCCUGCGUGGUCUAAAGUCCGACCGCUUCGAAACUGCGGCCGUUCCCUUGACCCCUCUCCGACGAUCAAAGAAGCGGAUGCGUGACACCGCACGCAGUCCUCUAGAGUCCAUGUCGCAAAAACGCAAAGCAUCCAGUGAGAUACCCAUUGGCCACAAGCGCCACCGCAGCAUCUCGGACGUCAAUUUGUUACACAUCUAG